AUACGGUAGUGCUAAAGAUGGCUUUCCAUACAAUAAUGGUAAUCUUGGAAUGAUUCUUUACAAAAUAAUAACUUUUCUUUUUCCACUCGAGGUCGAUUUCAUAAUCAAAAAGUGAAAGAAGUACAAUGAACAUCAGGUGCCAGGUUAGCUCUGCAUGAGAAGAGCUCGUAAAAGAUGAAACGUGCAUUUAUGCCCAGUUUAUUCAAGAAUAAACGACCCAGGACUGUCAACAACUCGUCUGCUGGAGCCAGCGGACGUAAGCAGUUGAAUGAAGGGGGAACUUCGGGCGACGAAGACUUGAGUGAUUUGCCAUCAGAUACCAAGGCAGCGUUGGCAUACCUCAGAAGUCUCUUUGACAUCCGUCACUUUGAGGGUAGAGUUCCUCCAAUCUUGCUCAAGCAUCAACUGUACAGCAUUAUCCAAAAUAAAACUCAAGUUGACAGAGAAGUGGAUCAACUUCGAGAUAAGAAGGAAAUCAGACUCUUCCGGUAUGGCAAUAGCAAGGAUGUGGAUGAGUUCUGCAUCGUCUUCUCAGAUGACUAUCUUUCCCACGUCCGUAAGAUGGCGAACCAGCAAGGAAUUUCAGAUCUCAUUGAUCGAUUCGUACCAGAGAUCCUAGAGAAGAUGAACAAUAUUACCUUCACUUGUCAGAUGCUCUGUGAUGUGCACGGAUUCAAGGACAAAGAAAUCACAAUGCUAGUAAAUGCUGGGAUGCUGACAGUACGAGACGUUGGGUCAUGGUGGCUCUCUAUUCCCGGAGCUGGAAUCUUCAUCAAAAAUUUCUCUAAAGGAAGACAGUCUGUUUUGAGAGCAAUCAAGAAAUCCAAAUACAGAGAAAUACUGCAGAAGGAGUUAGAAGAGAGAAAGCUGCAGGGUGUCAAGAAACUGAGCAUGAUGUAUCAUAUACAUGAUAUCAUAGGGGCUGAACUUGUUACCAAGAUUAAAACAACAUCAGGGAUAAUUCUAAGAUUAGAUGAGUGAGAAAAUCCACCCCUUCAAUGGUCUUAAGUGCCUCGAGAGUGUUUCAUUUACAAGUUGUCUUAUCUGAAAGCUUUCCUUGAUUUUGAUUGGCUGAGAAGCUCAGUUGCUAUGGUAACUUUUGAUUCAAACAUAAGACAAAUCCUUCCAUCAUUAUUCAAUUCUUGCCAGUGUUGAAAUUUAUUAUUGUGUAUUCUCACAGCAAUGGGUUAGAUUAAAGUCUGGGUUGACUCAGACAUAGCUUUCAUGGAAUGCCAUUUAACAUCUCAUUUACCAAGUACAAAUUAUUGUUAUCCAGCACGAAAAGAUAGAUGAAAUCUAGCAUUCCAUAGAAGCAUGUACUAAAAUUCUUGUGAAAUCAUGGCUUUUAUCAGAAGACCACUGAAGGCAUCUAUGAUACAAUAGAUUUGUU